AAUAUCAAUGGCGCUGGCGACAGCAAACUGCCAUUUCUCGAACCUCGUGCUCGGGCUGAGCACGGCUGUUGAUUCCGAAUUAGAUCCGUUCAAAUGGCGUUACCGUUCGACACUGCUGCUACGUCGUUGCGAGAUGACCUAUUGAAGAGAGCUCGGAAACCUUACACCAUCACCAAGUGCAGAGAGAGCUGGACUGAGCCUGAGCACGAUAAGUUCCUCGAAGCUAUUCAACUAUUUGAUCGUGACUGGAAGAAGAUUGAGGCCUUUGUAGGGUCGAAGACCGUCAUUCAGAUACGAAGUCACGCUCAGAAGUACUUCCUGAAGGUUGAGAAGAGUGGGACAGGCGAACACCUACCUCCUCCACGACCAAAGAGGAAAGCUGCUCGUCCAUAUCCUCAAAAGACUUCAACAAAUGCUCUUGCGCUAGUGUCAGGGCCAUUUCAAUCUUCUUCUCUUGAACCGAAUUAUAUGGUUAAUUCCUCUUCUGCUCCUGCGAGUUUCAUGGCGGAUAACUCUACCCAGAUGGUUAAUUUCUCUCGAAGUGCAAGAGGGCAAGUAAUAGAAAACAAUUGUUGCAGUAGCACAGACCGCACUACAAGAGCACGCUUUCCAACUAAAUCAAGCGUCGAGGAACAUAACAAGCUUCAGUUGAGAGUACUGCCAGAUUUUGGUCAGGUCUACAACUUCAUUGGCAGCGUGUUCGACCCAAAAGCCUCGGAUCAUUUGCAGAAGUUAAAACAGAUGGACCAAAUAGACGUCGAAACUGUGAUGUUGCUCAUGAGAAACCUGGCCAUUAAUCUCACCGUCCCCGACUUUGAGGACCAUAAAAAGGUACUCUCGUCAUAUGAUGCCUUCAUGGAACAUGGUUAGUAACGAGAACAAAGCUGGAGAUGGCAACGGCGGCUACUACUUCACCGAACUGUACCUAAUUGAGCCUUCCUUAAUGCUACUGAACUUGAUAACUAGUAUUGUAUUGCUGUUGUAUAUUCGUCGACUGUCGCUUCUUAGAGCAAGAGGGAAGAAUGUUCCUCUAGUCCCCGUUCUGAGUAUGUGUACAGUGCGAGGUUGCUUCUGUAUCUUAUAGCUUUCACGUAAAGUACGGAUAUUUGUUUCCUAGAAA